AUGGCCAAAUCAAAGUCCUCCAAGGGAGACGGCCCGCAGAUUCCCAACAAACACCUUCACUCAAGAAUUUCUUUUCUUCAUCAGGCGGCCGCACACUUGGUCAUCGCGGGAAACAGCGGGUCAGCGACAAGUAGUUCCGAGACAUCUGCUUCUCGGGCUUUCCUCUCAAGAAGCCCCAACACUCAAAAUGCGUCUGAAGCGAGCCGGCUUUUAAAUCACAGCCUGGGAGUGUCCCGAAAAUUGCGAAUCCGGCUCGCCUCCGACAUGAAACAUUCGAUUUGCAAGCGCUGCGACUCCCUUCUCCUGCCUGGACGAACCAGCACUGAACUCGUCGUAAAUCAAAGCAAGAACGGCCGGAAGCCGUGGGCGGAUGUAUUUGAGAUUCGAUGCAUCAAAUGCGGGACUAUCAAACGCUUCCCGGUUGGAGUGGCAAGAGGGGAGAAAGGGCAAGAAAAGCCCGCUUCGCUCGGAGCAGUGGAGAAA